CACACAUUCCGAACAAAAAAGCUUCAAUCUUCAGUAGGUGACUUUACUUGAGAAACCAGUAGGUGUGAGGACAAUUACAAUGGCUGCUGUUUCUUUAAGGCUCCUUUGCUUUCUUUUUUUUCUCUGUUUCACAAUAACAUCACCAGCCGCGCAGACAUGUGAUAACGACACAGGGAACUACACAGUAAACAGCACGUAUCACAACAACCUCAACACCCUCUUAUCCAGUUUCUCUUCCCACAAAGAAAUCAAUUACGGUUUCUACAAUUUCUCUCAUGGCCAACACCCAGACAGAGUAUACGCCAUUGGGCUCUGCAGAGGAGACCAAAAGCCUGAUGAUUGCCUCAAAUGCCUCAACAAUUCCAGAGUCUCUCUCGCAAAGGAGUGUCCAAACCAGAAACAUGCGAUUGAUUGGGGUAUAGAGUGCAUGUUGCGCUACUCCAACCGCUCCAUAUUUAGCCUCAUGGAAACUCAACCUAUGGUGGAACUCGUGUACACGUUGGAUGUAAAGGGUUCAGUGGAACAAUUCAACGAGGCGCUGCAGAGCUUGAUGAGGAAUCUAACACGCACAGCUGCAUCAAGUGACUCUCGUCUCAAGUAUGCUACGGCUAGCACACCUGCUCCGAGUUUUCAAACCAUAUUUGGUUAUACGCAGUGCACCCCUGAUUUGUCAUCGGAAGAUUGCACCAAGUGCUUGGAAGAAGCUAUUUCAAAAAUUCCAGAGUGUUGUAGUGGCAAGGCUGGUGGCAAUGUUUUAAAACCCAGUUGUAGAAUUAGAUUUGACCCCUACGUCUUCUAUGGACCAACAUUAAAAUUAGACUCAGAUGCACCAUCAGUGUCCACCAACAAAACUUCUUCUUCACCAGGAAAGAGCAACAACACAUCAAGAACUAUCAUCGCCAUAGCAGUGCCAGUUGCCAGUGUUGUUUUAGCGCUCAGUCUUUUCUGCAUCUAUCUAACAGUGAGGAAGCCAAGAAAAAAAACUGAAAUUAAAAGAGAAGAAGAAGAUAGUCAUGAAGAUGAAAUUACAAUUUCUGAGUCAUUGCAAUUCAACUUUGACACCAUUCGAGUUGCUACAAAUGAAUUCGACGAUUCUAAUAAACUUGGACAAGGCGGGUUUGGAGCUGUUUACAGAGGUCGGCUUUCCAAUGGACAAGUAAUUGCUGUCAAAAGGUUGUCAAGGGAUUCUGGGCAAGGAAAUAUGGAAUUCAAGAAUGAAGUGCUUUUACUGGUCAAGCUUCAACACCGAAAUUUAGUUAGACUACUUGGGUUCUGCUUGGAAGGGAGAGAAAGGCUGCUUGUCUAUGAAUUUGUUCCUAAUAAGAGCCUUGAUUACUUCAUAUUUGAUCCAGUGAAGAAAACACGAUUGGAUUGGCAAAUGCGCUACAAAAUCAUUAGAGGUAUUGCUCGAGGAAUUCUCUACCUCCAUGAGGAUUCUCGACUGCGAAUUAUACAUAGAGACCUUAAAGCAAGCAACAUUCUCUUGGAUGAAGAGAUGCAUCCUAAGAUAUCAGAUUUUGGGAUGGCAAGAUUGGUUCACUUGGAUCAAACACAAGCAAAUACAAAUAGAGUUGUUGGAACCUAUGGAUAUAUGGCACCUGAGUAUGCAAUACAUGGUCAAUUUUCAGCAAAAUCAGAUGUUUUUAGUUUCGGUGUAUUGGUUCUUGAGAUUGUAAGUGGCAAAAGAAACAGUGGUAAUCGUCGUGGGGAGAACGUGGAGGAUCUAUUGAGCUUUGCAUGGCGAAACUGGAGAAAUGGAACAACUGCAAAUAUUGUAGAUCCCACAUUAAACGACGGUUCUCAAGAUGAAAUGAUGAGAUGCAUCCACAUUGGGUUAUUAUGUGUUCAAAAAAAUGUGGCUGCCAGACCAACCAUGGCUUCUGUUGUACUCAUGCUUAAUAGUUAUUCUCUCACUCUCUCAGUGCCUUCAGAACCUGCAUUUGUUGUGGAUAGUAGAACUAGAAGCCUUCCAGACACACUAUCAUCAGAGUAUAAUUCAAGGGAAACAAGAUCAAAUAAAUCAACUGAAUAUUCGGUAGAUGAGGCUUCAAUUACGGAGCCAUAUCCUCGCUAGAUUUUGGUCAUAGUGGUGAUAGUCAUUUGCUUAUUGGUCAAUGACUUAAAAAUUCCUAAACUAAAAUACAAUAUCCUGCAAGUCGCCUAAUUUGUUGGUGUGAUGUUUGGUUUUAGUUACCUUAUAUUUAGACAAGGUAUUUUCCUUGUUAAUUUUUUUACCGUAUUUUCCAUAA